UAGGGUUUAAGAUUGUGCAAGGGUUAUGGCAAAAGAUACAGUUUUGUUAAGGAAGGGUUUUUGUUUUGACGAGAUAUUUAUAGAUUAGUUAGGGGUUUUAGGAUUCUUCUUUCCCAGGUGGCUGCGAUGUGACUGUGAGUAACUGAAAAUGGAAGGUUUAGACGAUGACGAUUUCGGCGAACUCUACACUGUCGACAUUGAAGUUCCCAAUGCCAUCCCCGAAGAAGAAGAAGAAGAAGAAGAAGAAGAUGAAAUUGAUGUAAACAGUAACAUUGUGAAUCUUGAUAAGGAUAUGGACAGCGAGACAGUGAAUGAUGACUGUGCUGCUGAGAGUGACAGCAGCGACGACGACGACGGUCUGAAAAUCGUGCUGAAUGACGAGGAUAUUCCUGUCGGAGCUGAUGCUCGCGACGAAGGCAAUGGCGACAACGGUGAUGAUAACAAUGGUUCCAGAUUUUUUCAUCCUAAGGUUAGUAAGACUGGGAGGAGUCGAGGAUUGGCGAUUUUGAAUAAUAUGAAGGCCAAUGCGUCCAUGGGUAUGGCUUCUUACAUUUCAUCGUUGAACAAAGGGAGGAGGAAUGGCGAUGCCUGCAUCCAGAACCUUGCUUUGAGCUCCUCUCGAGUGUGUCUUGCAGCAAAUCCUAUGGCUGUUCAAUGUGGAUAUGGAUCGGCUCUUCCUUGGUACUGGGGUAUAUUUGAUGUAAACACUGAUACAUUAACGGAGAAGCUAUGGAAGGUUCCUGGAGUUGACAUAACGGAUUACUUUAACUUUGGUUUUAAUGAGAGCACUUGGAAGUUAUACUGUUCUUCAUUGGAGCAACUUUGGCGAACAUCCUUGCAAACUGGUAUUUCUGUUGAUGACGCUGCAAACUGGAAUCAGGAAGUCAUGAGAGAGCAAACUGAUCAAGUUGUGUCAGGAAAUGCAUUUUUUCCUUCAUCAGAUUGUGGAUUGCCAAAAGGCAGAGCAAUUCAGGUUGAGGACAGCAUGGUUGAACGACAGCCAUCCAUAGAUGUAAGGCGUCCACGUAAUAGGGAUUUUAAUGUUAUAGAGAUCAAGCUGCUUGACUCCUCUGAUGACUGUUCUGGUUCUGGCAAUAGCACUGUAAUGAAUGCAUCAUUAGAAGGCGAAUCUAUGGCAGGCAAUAAGAGAAGUGUUCUCAAUUCUUCUGGUGAGCUCAAUGAAAUGCUGUCUGAAGAUCAGUUGGAAGAUGUGAAAAAAGCAGAGGACUCUUCUCUUCAUAGAAGAAGCGGGCCGAUUCCUGGUGUAGAUGGAGAUGAGCAUCGGGAUCAAGCAGACCAACAUUCUGAAGAUACUGCAGAAGUGCCAGAGGGAGAAACAAAAGCAGAGGAAGGUGGUGGCAUAGACGCAUGUAGUUCUUAUCCAUGUUGGAUUGAAUCAGAAUUGUCUCUUGGAGAUCAAGAGCAUAGCCUGACUUCCUAUACUGAUAGCGAUUCUGAGGCAAUGGAUAACAGUGUACAAGUUGAUAAUGAUAAAAGUUUCAGCCCUUUAAAAAGGAAAUCGUUGAAUUGUGUCACUGACAUGAAGGAGUCUUUGCCACUUUGUUGGAAGAAUUCAAAGAACAAUAGUAUCAAUAAAAAAGCAGUAAGUGCAGCUUAUAAUUCAAGAACUAGAGGUCAAUUCAGAAAGGAAUGGAGGCACCGAAGUGGUGGAUAUGAACCUAGUAGUUAUGAUAUGAAUAAGCACACUGAAAAUGAUAAUGAUGUCUCCAUCCUCAAGUCCAGUGCAAGGAAUCUGUCUCUGUUGGCUCGCCGACCAGUUGAUUAUGGCAGACAUAAAGACCGACUGCAAGUUUUUGGCAGUCAUAAAAUAAGAGAUCUUUCAUGUAAUAGGGAAACAAAACAAUCCUACUAUUAUGGCGAUGAAAAGGUUGUUGAUGAGUUGGUUGCAUGCCGCUCUAAAUAUUAUCAUGAAGAUCAAGAAAGCUUAAGGGAGAAUACAAACCGACAUGACCGAAAAAAUGGGGAUGUGGAGGAUUAUUUUUUUGAACCAGGCCCUCGAUUUGCAGAUAGUGAGGACAGAGAGAGAGAUUGGUAUCAUCUUGGUUGUGAGUACUCUUCUGAUAACCUGAGUCCUUGCUCCUACAGGGAGUCAAGGAAGUUUCCUCCAAAACAUUCAUCUUUUCCUGAUGAAGAGAGGUAUACUCAAAGGAAAAGAAUGGAUGGAAAAUCCCAUUUUAUAGACAGAAAUUGCAUUGAUGAUUUUGAUGAAUGCGAGUUUAAGUUUCUAAACAAGAGCUAUAGAAUGUCUACUAUUGCUGAGAGAGAACUGGAAUUUUUAGAUAAUUAUCGUGAAGAGCAGUUUCCACAUAUUGAUAGAGAUUGGAGAAGAUCUGUCUGUAGGGGAAGACAUUAUGAUAGCCCCCCUUUAGUUCUGAAUAACUUGUGUUCUGGGAUAAUGGAAGUUGAAGAUAAUUGUCAGAAAUAUACACAUUGCCAGACUUCAAGUUUUAAGUAUCGUAGACAAUCUUAUACAGAUUCAGCGAAAAAUUAUGCAUAUGGGGAAAGAGUAAAUGGAAACUUUGGGGGUUUGGGGAGAGAUAAGCAUGCUAGGGACAACAGAGGCAGUAACUGGUUGUGUGGUUAUACUGACACUGCUGAAGAUGAAGAUUUCCCAAUUUAUCCUGUAAAAAAGUAUCAGUUUUACAGGUCCCCAUCUAAGUUCCUGAACUGGACAGAGGAUGAAAUUAUUUAUAGACAUCAUGAAACUCAUGCAACAUCUCUGUUUGCUAAGGUUCAGAGUGAUGAUUUGCCAUUGCAGCGGCAUCAGCUAAGCAUGCCAAUACGAGAUAGUGAGAAAUAUUUUAAAGGUAGCUCUAAGAUUAUGUGCAGAAGUAAGGGUGGGCAGGCAUUGCUGAGAUGCAGGAAAUCAGUUGACUUGAUUCAUGGGGAAGGAAAGUCUCAAGUGAGAAGUUCCAGAGUCUUGUGCAAUGGCAGGCUUGAAAAUGCCAACCAGAGGAUUGCUAAGAAGCGGAGGAGAGCUGCAGUGGGUUUUGAUGAAUCUAAUAAAAAUGCCAGCAAAUUUGACACCCCAAAACACAAGAGCAACCAGGAAAGUAAGAAAUGGGUGCAGGACCUUCAAGAUCAAGCGCAGAAAGAAAGCUCAGAAAUCGAGGAAGGUCAGUUUGUAGCAGAAGAACCAUACAUGGAGGAGGCUUCUGAAGGUCCAGCAGUGACUGAUGGUGUGAACAAGAAGAGAAUGUCACAAAAUGAAAAUAGUUCUGAGCAAUGUAUUGGUGGUUACGACAGUCAAAGGAUUCUUGAUUCAUUAGCCAAGAUGGAGAAACGUAGGGAGCGCUUUAAGCAACCCAUGACAAUGAAAAAAGAAGCAGAAGAGAGUUUGAAGCUCAACGAUGAUUCCAUUGUAGAUAAAGGUGAAAUGAAGCAACAUAGACCAGCUCGAAAGAGGCGUUGGGUUGGUAAUUAGCUUUUAUUGAUGGCUAGAGCUUCUUUCAGAUUCCAUAAAGGACAAGUGCCAUGGCGGAACUUGGUUAAUCCACCUUGGUAGAAACUAUAUUUUGCCCUUGGCAAAAUUGAGAUUAUAGAUGUCGUUUUCUUUUGACUUGGAAUAAAGCCUAAUUGGCUCAACAGUUUUGGCAGAUUUAUUGAAAGCUCUAUAUUUCGAGGACUGUAAAUAACCCUGACAUAUAUGAAUAAUCAAAUCGAUUUUUGGAUGCCUCUAGCUCAGGCAACAUCAAAUCA